UACAAAGGUGGCGCAUCGUUCGUUAUUGAUUUUGUUGAUCCAUCAUGGCGACUGCCAUCAUCUGGCUCAACGAGUGAACCGAUUUUGCUUCCUGACUAAGUCACUGCUGCUGUUUUUCCACAUCUCUACUGCAUAAAAGUGGAUUAAGAACAUUACUCAGUCUACGGUGCUAUGAAGCACUAGAAAGUUUCCUUUUUGACUGACUCCUUGGUUGAAACUGGAUGACCGUAUUCGAAUUCGACGAAUGCGUGUAUAUUUGCAUGUAUUCGAUUAUCAAUAUCAAUGACAUUGUCAUUGGAGAUUGAUCAUUCUCAUUCUGCUGAUUAGUGAUUGAUUGUCAUACACAUGAUACUAGUAUGUCUCUUUGGUCUACAUGUGGCUGUCGGUGUCUGGUCACUAUGAGAAAUGUGUACAUUGCGUGUACGAAGCAUAAAACCCAACUCUUGUCGUUCAUUGGGUUUGUGCUCGACAGCAAUGUAAAUGUUCCAGCAUGUUUUUUAUUAGUCUAAAGAGGUCAUUUUUACAGUCAUACAUGUCUUGUUGUAUGAUUUGUAGAAGUUGGUCUGCAGCACCAUCAGUGGCAACUAAUUUCGUGACCUUGCUAGAAAACUAGUGACUUUAUGUUGACUAUCAAGGAAAGCAGAUAAAUAUUUCAUGUUUUAAUGACGACUGAGGUGGUAUUCAUGUAUUUCGAUUCGAUGUCAAUCAUGUAGAUAAAGGCUUGGCUGGUAAUGUAAUUGUUCACUGAACAGAAGGUCCUUGGCCUGUUUUUUAGGCCUGGCAACAGGAAUUUGAAUGUAACUACAUGCAUGACAAUCAGCUGACUUGCUGAAUAGUUAUGAAACUUGAAGCAUGUAUACCGGUAACGUUUUUUUGUACUUUAGGCACUCAUACAAAGAGAAUCUUGUCUUUUAGAAAUGAAGAUAUGCUCACUUUUUAGAGCAUCUAAAUACCAGUACCAGUAGAUUUCUCAAGCCGCUCAGACCAUAAGUGAUUUACAAUUGGAUUUGAAAUAAUGAUAAAUGUUAAAAGGGCCAAUUUUGUUAGCUCUGCAAUCAAAAUAAAAUUUGGUGUAAAAUUGGGAUUUGACUGCAACAGUCAUGACAGUCUGUAGAACUGUCAGUGUCACAGUGAACCUUUGACUUGUUGCUGCCUGUCCUUCCUACAUUCACGACAUAUGAAUAAUGCUACUGUAACUGUACUCGAGUGAUUGUCCUAUUUUCUUGCCUUGCCCUGCCAAAAUCAACUUUAUCUUUGAAUUGAGUGUACAACUCACACUAUUGACUUUUUUUUUUUAAUUGUGUUUUUCCAUUCUCCAGACAUGUGCAGGUAAGUGAAUGGUAAUGAAUUAUACCCGCAGGCAUCCAUGUACUACAUGUACUAAAGAGCCAUUGGUUAUUUUUUUAAUUGUUUUGAAAAAAAAAUUAGGCCUAAAAAAGUAUCCAAAAAAUGAAGAUUUCACCAUAUGGUCACAUGUUGGUAUAAUGGGUGCUGGAUGACUAUUUUUGAGAUGAGCUGUCACGCUAAGUCUAAUGAAAGGUGUUUUUACAUAGGCGUAUCAGUGUUUUUGUAAUAUACAUGUAUAAUAAAAUAUUUUUCUAGACACAAUCAGUAAAAGCUUCUCUGCUCCUUUUUUUCCUUCAGAACAUGGCAUUGACGAGGAAUGUUUUCAUCUCUUGGACGAGGAUACUUUGAAGGAGUUAAUUCCAAGGAUUGGAACACGACUUCGAUUCAAACAGAAGCUGUCAUUGAACAGGAAUGCUGUAUCGGUAAGAUGUGAGAUUCAUCUUAAUUCUGCAAGAGUUUAAAGGAAAGGUCAAGGAUAAUUCAGUAGUAAUGGAGCAGUCCAGGCAGUUCAUGUGUUUUGUUUGUUCCAAAAACAUUAAAGGGGACUUCCACUCCUUGUUCUUUCAUUUGAGGACCAUUCAUGCAAUAACCUAUGCUGGAAAUUAUUUUGUUUGUGCACAGAAUGGAUGCCAACGGACCUUUCAGUCUGUUUGGCCUUACAAAAGGCAUUUGAUAAAACAUGUUCUUGAACAAGACAGCAACAAUGAUACAUUUAUAAAUGAUGUGCCCGGAGAGGUGUUUGAUUAUAAUAGUGAAAAUGAAGACAUGAUGCAUUCUGGAGAUGAUGUUGAAAUUGAUGGUGUAAAUGAUUUUACAGGACAAAGUCGUCAUGCUGAGCUUGAUGUUAUGUCAAUAGCUUCAUCGUUCAUUAGUAAACUGAAGGCCAAGGCAAACCUGCCUCUCUCUACGUUGAACACUGUCAUUGAAUGCACUUCCGAAAUGUUUUCUGAAAUUAUUGAAGCAUUGAAAGAGAAAACGAAGAAGGUAGUGGAAGACCUCGGGAAUGGGAUGAGGAAUGAUGAUGAUUUGGCAGACCUAAUGAAUGAUUUUGAAGAGAGUCGGAGACCUUUUACCGGUUUAGAAACUGGAUGGCUUCAAAACAAAUAUUUUUUAAACCUCGGCACUUUCAUUCCUCCAGUUUCUGUUCCGCUUGGAGUUGCCUUUAAUCCCCAGCCAGACCCUCAUUCUGGUGUUGUCCUCCAACGCCAAAAGCGUGACACAUUUGAGUAUGUGCCUAUCAGAGACCUGUUGCUAGAAGUCCUUGAUGCUGAUUUGCUGGAUGCUAUCCGACAGUACAAGACCAGGGAACAUGAGCCUGGGAUUCUUGAAGAUUUUAAAGAUGGCAGUUACUACAAAUCCAACCCAGCCCUGUGCGAUCCUGAGACCAUAAAUAUUUUACUGUAUUUUGAUGAGUUAAAAACUACAAACCCUUUUUCUCCCAAAGCUGGCACCCAUAAACUGGGUUUGUUCUACUUCACUCUGAAAGAUGUUCACUCAGUACACCAGUCCAGUUUAAAGAAUAUGUUCUUGCUUGCUGUUGCCCUCUCAAAAGACAUAAAGCAUUAUGGUUUUAAUGCAAUAUUGAAUCCAAUUGUAGAUGAUCUGAAAGUGCUAGAAUCUGAGGGUUUGUUGUGUGAUGAUGGAACAAAAGUGCGUGUGGUUUUAGGCCAGACAACAGGUGAUAACUUGGGGCUGCAUGGCAUGCUAGGUUUUGCUGAGGGAUUUACAGCUAACUUUCCUUGCCGCAGAUGUUCGAUGCCGAGAGAUGAUGCUCACACUGCAACUGCUGAAGACGACUCCCUGAUUAGGACAGUUGAGACAUAUGAUAGAGACAUAGCCGUUGAUGAUGUUAGUAGAACCGGAGUAAAGAGGAUGUGUCCGCUGAAUGACUUAGUAGGAUAUCAUGUCACUGAUAACCAUGUCUUUGACAUUAUGCAUGACAUUCUUGAGGGGGUUGGCCUAAUAGAGGUAAAACUGGUCUUGAAGGCGAUCAUCACUGAAGGUGUGCUCACUCUCGAUGUGAUCAACGACCGAAUAGUGUCAUUUGAUUAUGGAUUUCCUGAGUCGUCAAACAAACCCUCUGUGAUAACUGAGCAAAGCCUGAAUCGUUCAACUUCUGCAACUGGUCAAAAAGCAGAGCAGGCCUAUUUUCUAAUCAGGCAUCUCCUGAUUCUCAUUGGCGACCUUGUUCCUGAAGAUACAUGUAAUGAUCACCUGCAAGUCAUACGUCUCCUGCUUUCCUGCAUGGACAUCAUCUUUGCCCCAAAAGUGACUGAAGAAGAGACCUACUACCUCCAGCGACUAAUUCAAGAACACCAUGACCAUUUCCUCACAACCUUCCCAGACAAUCACCUCCUUCCAAAGCACCAUCAUAUGUUACAUUACCCUGCAGUAAUCCGAGCCAUUGGACCUCUUAAACACUUUUCAUCAAUGCGAUUUGAGGGAAAACAUGCAUUCUUCAAGCAAGUUGCCCAAGUUACCUGCAACUUUAAAAAUAUUUGUAAAACCAUGGCCAGACGCCAUCAGAUGACGUUGUCUGAUGCCCUCAUGAGGAAGGAGCUUUUCGAGUUCAAGCCAUUGGAAAGUGGGAAGGGUUUGCUCCAGCCCCUGGAUCACUUUGAGCCCCAUCACAGUCUAAUAGCAGAGGCAAUUGGCUGUCCUGUUGACUCUGAAGUCUUUUCUGCUAAAUUCGCUAGGUACCAUGGCAUAGAGUACAGAGCCAACGAGAUGGUUUCUGUGGACUGUGAUAAGGAAUCAGGAAAUCCUCUCUAUGGAAAAAUAGAGCAGGAUGCAUCUCCACCAACCGAUAUGACUGGCACCAGCGAUGACACAGAAAAUGAUAACAUACACGUCCCAAUAGAAUCUAGCUCAACUUCAGUUCCCAGUGGCAGUAAAAUAUGUGCACAUCCAGUAUCAACUAAGUUUCAUGAUUUUAAGACUUUCCUAUGCAGCCAGAAUGGUGGUAGAUCUUUGUUAGCGGAUGUACAGAAGCUUGGGUUCGCCCCAACAGUGUUGAGGAAAAGACUUGUGAAAAUAGCAACUGGUUUUUUAUUUGAAAAAUGCGGAAAAUUUCCCAAAACAGAGGACAAGGAGGAACUUGCCAUUGCGAUUAUCACAGUCAUACCGUGUCUGAGGAAUCCGAAGGGACAGGGCUUUGAAGCAUUUUACCAAAGGGCUCGAGGUGGUCGACCUGCAAAGGGCUUUAUCAAUGACCGUAUAUACAAUGUUCACAAAGAGGAGGCAAAACUGAAGAUGGUUAAGAAAAGGGUCCAAUUACCUGAAACAGUCCCUGCUGAAGAGGUGUUGUCUGUUGCAGAAUGCCAGAUUCUACCCGAAAAAGAGUAUAAGGAAAUGACAGCAUGGCUGAAACACAACAUUGAACCGGCAUCCAAAGUUUCGGACCUGAUGGCUAAAACCGCAACAAAUCGUCACCGUGAGAUCUGUGAGAACAAAGAGUUGAAAGCGAAGGAUAUUUUGGCAUCAUUUCCAAGGCUUUUGGAGAGAGGAAUGAUUGAGCAGGAUUUUAAUGUUUUGUUCCAAACUGGCGACCAACUGGUUAAGAAGUGGGAUGGCAACUUUGUCAAGAAAGUACUUCAGUACGUCACAUGUGUCAAACCAGAUUGGCGAAAUAUUGUGCCUGUAAAAACAGUCUUAAAUGAAGAUGAAGAAAGUGUAGUGGCACUCCAGGUCCUGCCACUGAUACUUCCUCCACGUCCCACAAAAGAUGGGAAGAAGAUGCAUCGCCCUUUCUAUUUGGAGUCAUCUUUAUCUUUUCUGCAGUUCAAACAGGUCACGACGAAUAUACCAGCCUUUCUACGGUCACUGCCCGCAGGCAUUGUACAACCGUUUGUGCUGGCACUAGGGGAGAGGACCGCACCGACACAGGCUUUUGUCAUUGUUGAGAGGAAUGCAAUUGAGCAGACAACCCUUCUUAAAGCAGUUGACUGCUGCUUCAAACUUUUUUAUGUUCUUGAUGUUCAGUUUCCAGCACCGUGCCAGAUUGUUUGGGAGUUCAUACAGGACAUUCUCUAUGGGGUUGGAGCUAGGAAGGGACAAGAGAUUAGCAAAAAUGUUGCUAUUCUGAGGCGAUAUUUUGAUCAGUAAACUAGAAUAUGCUUUAAUAUUAUGAUAAAAAUUUUAUAUAAUUAUAAAUUUUUUAAAAAGUAGAAAUUUUGAUCAGGAGGGGGCGCAAUGUGCCUUAGAAUAUUUUUCGUCAAUUCAAAUUCCCGCCCAAUAACGUCAUCUAUCGACGAGGUUUACUAUUCGCCAGGUAUCAAAAUGGCGGCUGCAGAUCAAUGCUUUCGGUGUUGAUGUGGUAAGUAAAAUAUACCAAUAUACCAAUAUCCAGCUGUAUAUAUUCGAUGUUCAUGACCAUCGGGUGCAUAUGUUUUUAUCAAAACGUCGAGUAGUGAGGGAUCUUUUCAAAUUUAAUUGUUAUUGUUUAACAAAGCAAAGAAUCUGUGAUCCUUGAUUGUGUUAAUAUGAAAUGAUAGAAUAAUUUUGUAUGUAAUGAUUGUAAAUUGUAAAUUAUAAUGGAAACUUGUCGUGCUCCCAAGGAAGAGAUAAAUACACUCGUAAUGGUGGCAAAUCUUUUCAUAUAACAAAUUUGUGUAAAGUAAGACUUGUAAAUAGAUACAUUUGACAGAGGUUGCUCAGUUUGCAAUACAACAUGCAAUUGGUAAUGAUGAGUCCUGCUUUUUAGAAAUACCAGUUCAUGUUCAUGUUUAUAAGAAUCUUUUUCUGUACAAAGAGAGAAUUGUAUGGAUAGGGGUAGGGCAAUCUCGCUAUUUUUGUGCGACUCCUGUGCAGUCUGGGAGCAAGCUGGUAUUUAAUCAAUUUGCUGUAUCAUAAUCAAAAUAAUUUAUUCAAUAACAUUUUCUGCUGUUUUUUUACGAAUAAAUUUGUUAAUUAUGCAAAAA